UCUCAUGCAAACUACAAUUAUUAAGAAAAUCAAGUGCAGAAAGUCUUUAACACUGUGUAGAUACUAUGUCUUCUGAAGAUUUAAUUUAUCUUAUCAAUUAAAUAAACACUGAUUAUGAAAUUACAAGAUUACAAUCUGAAUUAAACUAUAUAUUUGACGCAUUAAACGCGACAUGGAAAUAAAAAUGUUUAGAAAUUUUCACUAAAGCUGAAUUUUCUCUCGUGCUUAAAAAAAUCAUGCAAACUUUAAACAAAGUCGAUUAAAAAAGCUUAUUUAUUUUAUUGUCUCACACAUCAGCAAUGCAAAAAUCCUUAAGAUUCUCCGACAAAUUAAACAUCAACCAAUGUCAUUGUCUUUCAUUGGAAAAUGAAAUGGGCAUCUCUUGGACAAAAAUCGCGUUUUUGGCAUAAUGUGAAGUGUGAAAUUCACCUUGUUUCAAUAAAAGUGAAAAUGUUAAAAUUCGCGUGGCAUUGUAUAUAGAUUUAUUUAUCAGUCUUGAUUAUUCAUUGUGUCUUUAUUAUUUAAAUAUACAUACAUACAAGCUUAGGUUAAACUUUCCCGUUAACUAGGAGGUGGAACUUUUUCUUUUGAAAAAAUUCUCAGAAUUUUUUUUUGUUCUUGGAAAACUUUUUUAAUAAAUCACUCUACAGUAAAAUUCAUUGACAGUGGUCAGAUUUUGUUGUAUGAAGAACACGAAGGGAUGUUGAUAACAAAGAAUGACGCGAUUUGAAAGAAAAAAAAAACCGUGUCAAGCAACGAACAUGAGUACGUAUGAUGAAUAAUUUUCUUAUCAAUUUGAAGAAUUUAUGAUUUACACUCUUUUUAAUCAUCACAAUGUGUCUCUGUGUUGAAAUUGAUAAAUCCACGUGUGGAAAAUGUACUUUUUUUUGGCAGAGUGUUGGGUUUUUCUUGAUAUGUUUGUAGAGAGUUCUUUUUCGCUCAUAUAUGGAUUUUGGGAAAUGAGCAGGGGCUGUAUCUACGAUAAAUGGGGUGCGAAAGUCAAAACCGCGAUAAGAAUGGCGUAAAUGUAUGUGGAUGAGAUGAUGGUAUAGUGAAGAAGAGCUCUUAGCAAGGAAGGGCGAUGCGGUGGAGGAGGAAGCUCUAACAGUGGGAGAAAAAGAGGGAAAUUUUCAUUUCACUUUCAGUUGCUUCGUGACUCUCUAUGUGGUAUCAUUUCGAUGUAAAUUCGUCUUAGGCACAAGGUUGAAAUUUUUCUCAUCUCUCCAAAUUUCUGUGUAAAAACUAUUUUUUCGCAUUCCUAGUGAGUGAAAAAAUCUUACAGUUUAGUAAAUCCUUUUGGGGAUUCUUUUGUGCAAAAGAAAGUGCUGAGAAAAGGAUAAUAAAAAAGGAAAAAAUGGAUAUCCUAACGGUCGAUCAACAUGAAAUUAUGAAGGAAUUUCAAGUUAAUCUUGAACACGAACUGUGGCCGGAAAUUGACAAAAAUAAUUAUGGUUUCAUUGAGCUCAAAGACCUUCGUGAGGCUCUGGAUCAGGUGGGAUUCAAAUUACCCGGGUACAAAAUACGUGAAAUGGUGAAUGAAUACAGUCAACGACAGGAGAUAAAGAGUAAGGAUCGGUUGUCGUAUGAUGAAUUUGAAUCGCUGUGUAUGGACCUCAAGGCAAAGGAUGUGGGGAGUAAAUUUAAGACGGUUGUGUCGAAGAAGGAGAACCUCGAGACACUUGGUGGGAUGUCGAGUAUCUCGGCUGAGGGGACAACGCAUAGUGUUCGUUUGGAAGAACAAUUGGCAUUUUCCGAUUGGAUCAAUUCAAAUUUGGGUCAUGAUCCCGACCUGAGGCAUUUGCUACCCAUUGAUCAGGAAGGCAAGACACUUUAUUUGAAAAUUAAGGAUGGUAUCCUCCUGUGUAAGAUCAUCAAUCACUCCUGUCCGGAUACAAUUGACGAGCGUGCAAUUAACAAGAAGAACCUCACGGUGUACACGGAAUUUGAGAAUUUAACCCUCGGUUUGGUGUCAGCUCAGGCCAUUGGAUGCAAUAUUGUCAACAUUGAUGCUCAUGAUUUGGCAAAAGGGAAGCCACACCUUGUCCUUGGGCUCCUCUGGCAAAUUAUCAGGAUUGGGUUGUUCAGUCAAAUUACCCUCGAUCACUGUCCGGGGCUUGUGGCGCUAGUCAAUGAGGGUGAAAAUCUCGAGGACCUCAUGAAGCUCUCACCGGAGGCAAUUCUCCUACGUUGGGUGAAUUACCACCUCGAACGUGCUGGUAUUCAGCGACGAUGCACAAAUUUCCAGAGUGACAUUGCCGAUUCGGAGGUCUACACGUACUUGCUGAAGCAGAUUGCACCAAACACCGCUGGUGUUACCCUUGAAGCUCUCAGGGAGUCGGAUCACACUCAAAGGGCUGAGGUGAUGCUCCAGCAGGCGGCAAAACUCAAUUGCCGUAGCUUUGUGACACCUCAAGAUGUUGUGGGUGGUGUCUACAAACUCAAUCUCGCCUUCGUGGCGAAUCUCUUCAACAAUCAUCCGGGACUCGAUGAACCGGAACAGAUUGAGGGGCUGGAAUCGAUUGAGGAAACACGAGAGGAGAAGACAUACCGGAACUGGAUGAAUUCAAUGGGAGUGGCACCACAUGUUAAUUGGCUGUACUCCGAUUUAGCCGAUGGUCUAGUCAUCUUCCAAUUGUGUGACAUCAUUAAACCGGGUAUUGUUAAUUGGAAUCGGGUGCACAAGAAGUUUGCACCGCUCACCAAGUUUAUGGAAAAGCUGGAAAAUUGCAAUUAUGCCGUUGAAUUGGGGAAACAACUCAAAUUCUCCCUGGUUGGCAUAGCUGGACAAGAUAUCAGUGAUGGAAAUGCAACACUAACACUCGCUCUCAUCUGGCAACUUAUGCGAGCCUACACGUUGUCCAUUCUAUCGCGGCUGGCAAAUACGGGAAAUCCCAUUAUUGAGCGAGAGAUUGUUCAGUGGGUGAAUCAGAAGCUCGAGGGUGCUGGAAAGAGUUCGAGCCUCAAGAAUUUCCAGGAUUCCAAGAUAUCCGAUGGAAUUAUUGUCAUUGAUCUCAUUGAUGCCAUCAAGAGGGGUAGCAUCAAUUAUGAUUUGGUCAAACGCGGUGGUGGAGAAGAGGAUAACUUGGCCAAUGCGAAGUAUGCAAUUUCAAUGGCAAGAAAAAUUGGCGCUCGUGUGUACGCCCUGCCAGAGGAUAUCACAGAAGUAAAGCCGAAGAUGGUCAUGACAGUAUUCGCCUGCCUCAUGGCGAUGGAUUACAUUCCCAAUAUGGACAGCGUUGAAACCAAUUCCCAUUAGGAUGUUUAAUUUUUGUUUUAUCAAUUUAAGGAAUCGCCCUUAGCAUUUUCUUUUCGCUUUAGAAAAAAAAACAAAAAUUCGUAAUUCGUAAAUUAAUUGUAAUUUUAGGUGCUUCUCAUGGAGAAAUUAAUUAUUGUUUUUCCCCCUUUUCUUCGUGUCCCUGACACGGAUUCUAAGCUUUUCUUUUUUUUUGGAAAAUCUCUGGAAGCAUGUCAGAGAAAUAUUUUUUUUUGUUGAAAAUCUUUAUUUUGUAGAAUAUAUUUUUCAAGAAAACUUGUAAUAUUUUUUUAUUACUCUAAUUUUAGGCACUAUAUUUCCAUUUAUUCGAAAUUGAGUGAUUCCAUUUUUGUAAUUUAAAAAAAUUCUUUUUCAAUUAACGCAGUAUUCGUAAAUUGUGCGGUGAAGCAACGUUGUAAAGGUUUAUAUAAAUAUUCUUUACAAAAUUAAAACAAAUAUAAUGUGUAGAUUAAUAUAUCGAUCCUACAUUCUUUUUUUUUAGUAAGUUUAGCAUGACGAAAAGUAUGUUUACGUAGAAGAAGUUGCAUCCUUUGGAAAUUUUCUUUGAAAACUAUCAUUGCUUCUGAAUGCUAAGAAAUUCAAUAUAGAAAGAUGUACAAGGUUUCUGCGUGUGCAACAAAUUAAAAGAAGAAAAAAGUGAGGUUUUUAUCAAUGGAAGAGCAAAAAAGUGCCAUCGCGAGAUAAUUAGAGGAAGAGAGUGAAAAAAAAUUGGGGUGAAAGUUGAUUUUUGGGAGAUUCAAUUAUUGUGCAAUUAUACAUAGAAUGGCACUGGACAUUUUUAUAUAAGUAUUUUUUAAUUAUUUAAAUAAAAAACAAAAUGAAGAGAUAAUAAAAGUAAGCACUAAGCUAUAUUUAAUGAAAAUAUUUCACGACAAAACAGCAUUAACCAUUUUUUACCAAAAUAAUAUACAGUAACUUAUAAGAAUUAUAAAUAUUAAAUAUGCAGUGUAAUGUGUAAUGAUUUGGAAUGGUUUACUACUCUAUUUUAAUAAUAAUAAUAAUAUUAUGUAAGAACAA